AAUGAUAGUUGAAGAUGCCAGCCCCCUGGCGAAUAUGCUGCAAUAAAAAAUCCAAAACUAAGAAUGGAAAAGCUGAAAUGGACAAUAUGGCAGAGAAAAGUGAAAAAAUGCAGAUGAAAAAAGAAAUCACAUUACUAAAUGGAGUUUCUUUAAUUGUAGGGAACAUGAUUGGCUCUGGGAUAUUUGUAUCACCCAGAGGUGUUUUAAUGUACAGUGCUUCCUAUGGACUCUCUCUAGUCAUCUGGGCGCUUGGUGGGAUGUUUUCACUGUUCGGAGCUUUGUGUUAUGCUGAAUUGGGAACAUCCAUCGUUAAAUCUGGAGCCAGUUACGCCUAUAUCCUGGAAGCAUUUGGUGCUUUUGUGGCCUUCAUCAGACUCUGGUCUUCCUUGCUAAUUAUCGAACCAACAACCCAGGCAGUGAUAGCAAUCACGUUUGCUAACUAUAUUGUUCAACCAAUUUUUCCUCAUUGUGAGCCGCCAUAUGAUGCAGUCAGGUUGAUUGCAGCUGCUUGUAUAUGUUCCUUAACAUUUAUUAAUUGUGUUAACGUGAAGUGGGGAACCCGUGUACAAGAUGUUUUCACAUAUGCAAAAGUUAUGGCUCUUAUCUUGGUGAUAUCUGUUGGCCUUUACAAAAUUGGUAAAGGAGAAACGGAAAACCUGAGAGCUCCAUUCGAGGGCUCAGCCACAAACCCAGGGAUGAUCGCGCUGGCUCUCUACUCUGCCCUCUUCUCCUACUCGGGAUGGGACACACUCAACUACGUCACUGAGGAAAUGCAGAAUCCCGAGAGGAAUCUACCUCUUUCUAUUGCAAUUUCAAUGCCUAUUGUGACUAUUAUUUACUUGUUGACUAAUAUCGCAUACUACGUAGUGUUGGACAUGUCAGCUAUCCUCACAAGUGAUGCAGUGGCUGUGACAUUUGGCGGUGAAACCCUUAGUUAUGCUAAGUGGAUAAUUCCUAUAGCAGUGGCCAUGUCUUGCUAUAGUGGCUUAAACUCAUCAAUAAUUGCAGCAUCUAGGCUUUUUUACGUUGGAGCCAGGGAAGGCCAUCUCCCUGAUAGUCUGAGCUUGAUUCAUAUAAAGUGCUUCACACCAGUCCCUGCUCUCCUCUUCAAUGGCUUAAUGACUUUGCUUUAUCUCCUUGUGGAAGAUGUUUUCCUCCUUAUUAAUUACUACUGCUUCAACUACUGGCUCUUUGUGGGUCUGUCUAUUGCAGGACUAAUAUAUUUGAGAUAUACUCAGCCACGUAGACCACGGCCUAUCAAACUUAACCUCUUCUUCCCUAUAGUAUACUGUUUAUGUUCCCUUUUCCUGGUCAUAGUUCCUCUCUACAGCGACACAAUCAAUUCCCUUAUUGGCGUUGGUAUUGCCCUCUCAGGCAUUCCUGCGUAUUAUUUGGGAGUCUAUCUGCCAUUUGAUAAACGACCUAAAUGUCUACAGUGGCUCUCUGCGACAACAACAAAAUAUGUUCAGAUGCUCUUCUACUGUGCUCUGUCCGACCUGGACAUAGACAUGGAACCUCCAGCAGCUAAGAGUAAAUAGAGUUGCCUUGACAUUGAGAGUUGUGCCUUGACAUUUCCUGUCUGGAGCAAUUUUUAUCAUCUGAAGUUCUCCUCAUGUGUUCAGUUAUACUAAAGCACUAACCACUGUACUAUGCAUCAUUUUGAUGUCUGUUAACUUGUGCUUGUUUUAUGAACGACU